UUUUCCACGUCAGUGUGUUUACUAAAGACUGACAGCCACUGCAAGGUGUUGUAGUUUUCCUAAUUGUUUGUCAUUUUUUAUGAAUCGAAUGAAUAAGCGCUAGCUAAGAAAUGCAUUCUAUCACGCUAUGAGAUGUGCCGAAAUUGUAGUUUGUCCCUAUGUUGUGCUGGAUUGAAGUACAAUACUGGUCUCCACUCUCUGGUGGCCGGCUAGCUGCUAGCUUUCUCAGCUAGCUUCUACGGAGGUCCGUCUUUAAAAGUAGAAGUCUCACACGCAGAACUCAGCAUGGUGGACAAAAGUAUCUACAUUGUCCAAGGUGAAAUUACUGCUGUUGUCGGCGCUAUCAAGAGGAACUCGAGAUGGAACACCCACACUCCCUUGGAUGAAGAACAAGAUCCUUUGUUGAACAGUUUUGGCCACCUGAAGGAAGUACUCGGCAACAUAAAAGAACUAUCAACUGUUGAACCCAAUGUGUUCCUAAGACCAUUCCUCGAGGUAGUGCGCUCGGAGGAUACCACUGGACCAAUCACAGGCCUUGCCCUUACCUCGGUCAACAAGUUCUUGUCAUAUGGCCUAAUAGAUGCUAACCAUGAAGGUGCAGCUGAGGCCAUCGAGAACAUGGCAGAUGCUGUAACACAUGCUAGAUUCGUUGGAACAGACCCUGCCAGUGAUGAAGUAGUCCUAAUGAAAAUUCUACAGGUCUUGAGGACGCUGCUGUUGACGCCAGUUGGAGCCCACCUGACCAAUGAAUCUGUUUGUGAGAUAAUGCAGUCCUGCUUCCGUAUCUGCUUUGAGAUGCGGCUAAGUGAGCUCCUCAGAAAAUCAGCGGAACACGCCCUUGUUGAUAUGGUACAGCUACUUUUUUCCAGACUUCCGCAGUUUAAGGAGGAGGCCAAAAGUUAUGCUGGUGCCAGCAUGAAGAAGGCUUACAAUAUCUUAUGGAAAAACAAAAGAGUGCAGCUGAAGAUGCGAGCAGGUGGGAUGAGUGAGUCAUCCAAAUGGAAAAAGCAGAAACGGUCACCAAAGCCACCUCGUCACAUGGUUCGAAGUUCCUCUGGACAGAUGGACACUACCCAGUCUACGAACCUCAGUAAUACCAACCUAUCUGGCGGAGUCAUUGUCAUGGAGAAAAAAUGUUCACUUCCAGCCUCAGACAGUGCUGGCUCUUCUAUCUCAAGUCCCACUACCACAGACAGUGGUCUAGACUCCUGCUCCAAAGCCACAUCUCGGGAAGACCUCUCUGACCUGGAUCAGAGUAGCUUGUUUGCGACUACACCUGGCAAUUCUAACACACCUUUAGAUGCAGAUCCAGGUUCCUCAAAUGUACAGGUGAGCACGCAGGCAUAUUCUGAUUGGUUUAUGUACAUGAAUACAUUGAUGAGGUUGAAUGUAACGUCCUUCUUCCUUUUAAACAAGUCUGAAGGUAAUCCAUCUCAAUCAGCAUCAGUAGAGUCCAUUCCAGAAGUUCUUGAAGAAAAAGACUCAAUUACAGAACAAUCAAGUAGCACCUCUGUCCAUGACCUGGACUACAUAAAUCCCAGAGGUGUCCGAUUCACACAGUCCACACAGAGAGAUGGUGCAUCCCUCACCCCUUACGGUCUGCCAUGUCUAAGGGAGCUCUUCCGAUUUUUAAUCUCACUGACCAACCCCCAUGACCGCCACAACACUGAAACAAUGAUGCACAUGGGCCUACAGCUGCUUAGUGUCGCCCUAGAGUCUGCACAUUUUGUCAACUACCAAUCUUUGCUAGGGCUGAUCAAAGAUGAGCUUUGCAGACAUCUUUUCCAGCUACUGAGUAUGGACCGUAUGAACCUGUACGCUUCGUCAUUACGAGUGUGUUUCUUGCUAUUUGAGAGCAUGAGAGUGCAUCUUAAAUUUCAGCUAGAGAUGUAUCUGAAGAAACUCAUGGACAUAAUCACAUCAGAGAAUAUGAAGAUGCCCUACGAAAUGAAGGAAAUGGCUCUGGAAGCACUGGUUCAACUGUGGAGGAUCCCUAGCUUUGUUACUGAGUUGUACAUCAACUAUGACUGUGACUUCUACUGCUCUAAUCUAUUUGAAGACCUCACCAAGUUGCUGUCAAAGAAUGCAUUCCCGGUAUCAGGGCAGCUCUACACCACUCACCUUCUGUCACUCGAAGCUCUACUUACUGUGAUUGACAGCAUUGAGGCCCACUGCCAAACCAAAGUGCCAGACAACACUGCUCACCAAGACCAGUUAGAAAAACUGCUGCCGGAGGAGGAAGGUUCAAUGAAAAAUGGAACAGACGUAACCGAUAUUAUUCAAGAAGGCAGUGCAAAUGGUUUGAGUUUUCCACUAGCUGACCCUAGUCCAGGAUGCCUACCAACUAGUGGAAAUCAGAUGGCAGAAAAGAUGAAACUGUAUAGACAGGAUCAAAGCGACACUGACACUACUGAGAAGAAAACCUUGAAAAAGCCUCAGCGCUUCUCUUCAUUUAUACCCGAUUCCCAAGAGUUGCUUGAAAUAAGAACAAAGAAAAAGCUUCUGAUCACAGGAACAGAACAGUUUAAUCUGAAACCAAAGAAGGGUCUUCAAUUCCUUCAGGAGAAAGGGCUUCUCAGUAAUCCAAUGGAUAACAACCAAGUGGCCCAGUGGCUUCGAGAAAAUCCCAGAUUGGACAAAAAGAUGAUCGGGGAGUUUGUCAGUGAUCGCAAUAAUAUGGAGCUUCUAGACAGCUUUGUCAACACUUUCACAUUUCAGGGGCUUCGCAUUGAUGAGGCCUUGAGACUUUACCUAGAGGCCUUCAGGUUACCCGGUGAGGCUCCUGUCAUCCAAAGACUACUGGAAACAUUUACAGACAACUGGCAUAAAGUAAAUGGCUCCCCUUUCCUGACAAAUGAUGCGGGAUUUGCCCUGGCCUAUGCUGUUAUAAUGUUGAACACUGACCAGCAUAACCACAAUGUCCGAAAGCAGAAUAUCCCUAUGACUGUGGAGCAAUUCAAGAAGAACCUGAAGGGGGUGAAUGGAAACAAAGACUUUAACCAGGAUAUGCUUGAGGAUAUCUACAAUGCCAUCAAGAAUGACGAGAUCGUGAUGCCGGAUGAGCAGACCGGUUUAGUGAAGGAGAACUAUGUGUGGAGUGUGCUCCUACACCGUGGUGCUACACCAGAGGGGACUUUUCUUCGCCUGCCGCCUGGCAGCUAUGACCAUGAUUUAUUCACCAUGACCUGGGGUCCCACUAUAGCUGCUCUCUCCUAUGUCUUUGACAAGAGUUUGGAUGAGAACAUCAUCCAAAAGGCCAUAAUGGGUUUUAGGAAAUGUGCCAAGAUAGCAGCUCACUAUGGAUUCAAUGAUGUUUUUGAUAAUUUGAUCAUCUCGCUGUGCAAAUUCACCACUCUGAGCAGUGAGUCAGUGGAAAACCUUCCAUUUGUGUUUGGGAGCAAUGCGAAGGCACAAACAGCUGCCAAGACAGUGUUUGAUCUUGCACAUCAGCAUGGCAACAUCCUAAGAGAGGGCUGGAAGAACAUCCUGGACUCCAUGCUACAGCUGUUCAGAGCUGAACUCCUACCAAAAGCAAUGGUUGAGGUGGACGAUUUUCUUGAGCCAAAUGGAAAGAUAUCACUUCAAAGAGAGGAGACGCCUUCUAAUCGUGGGGAGUCAGCAGUGUUGAGUUUUGUGAACUGGCUGACUUUGAGUGGAGCUGAACAGUCUGGUCUUCGAGGACCAUCUAUGGAAAAUCAGGAAGCCAAACAGGCAGCCAUUCUGUGCAUAAAGCAAUGUGACCCAGAGAAGAUGAUUACAGAGAGCAAGUUCCUCCAGCUUGAGUCUUUACAGGAGCUAAUGAAGGCAUUGAUAUCAGUUACCCCUGAUGAAGAGACUUAUGAUGAAGAAGAUGCUGCCUUCUGCUUAGAGAUGCUACUGCGCAUAGUUAUGGAGAAUCGAGACCGUGUGUCGUGUGUGUGGCAGACAGUGCGUGACCAUCUCUGUCACCUCUGUGUCCACGCUAACGAGAGCUGCUUCUUGGUAGAGAGGGGUGUGGUGGGACUUCUUAGGCUUGCCAUCCGCUUGCUACGACGGGAAGAUAUUAGUUCCCAGGUGCUCCUUUCACUGCGUCUCCUGUUGAUGAUGAAACCACACGUUUUGUCCCGCGUCAGCAGAGAGGUGGCUUAUGGCCUUCAUGAGCUGCUAAAGACCAAUGCGGCAAACAUCCACAGCACAGACCAUUGGUAUACACUCUUCUCGCUGCUUGAAUGCAUUGGUGCUGGAGUGAAACCUCCCGCUUCCUUUCAGUUUACUUCUGCCAGCGCAGACAUCGAAACAGGUGCUCAGUCAGACAGUGAAUUGCCAUCCCACCAUUCAAGUGAAGUAAGCUUAGAUCGUGGCUAUACAUCUGACUCAGAGGUCUACACUGAACACAGCAAGGCCAGAAUACCUCGCUCCACAACAGAUGUGGAUGUAGCAAGCAGUGGAUGGCUGGUGGUCGGAAAAGAGGAUUUGGAAACGAGUAAGCCACCGCCAGUGAGCUCAAAAUCUCAACUCAAUCACCCCUUGGUCAACCAGUAUAGUCUGACACUGGGUCAGGACCUUGGCCAGCAUGACACCAAGUCUCUCAUCAAGUGUGUUGAAACACUGUCAUUCAUUGUCCGUGAUGCUGCACAUGUCACGCCAGACAACUUUGAGCUCUGUGUUCGAGCCAUCCGGGUAUUUGUAGAGGCUAGCCUAAAUGGAGGUUAUCGCAACCAUGAUAAGAAGAAGAGUCAUAAAUAUGACUCUGGCAAAUCUCGUUUGCGGAAGAAGCCUGGAGGAAAGGAUAAAGAGGGUGGGAAUGGUACAAGACGAGGCGGAAGCCGUGCUUCAAGUCACCGUUUAUCACGUUCCCAUAGUGAUGAUGAGGAGGACGAGGCUGUCCCAGCAGGUUACCACACGGUGUCAUUACAGGUUAGUCGGGAUCUUUUAGACUUGAUGCACACAUUGCACACUCGGGCUGCCAGCAUCUACAGCUCUUGGGCAGAAGAACAACAUAAUCGGGAAGCUGCGGGUAAAAAGAUUGAAGCUGAUUCCCAGACACUGUGGACAAGCUGCUGGUGCCCACUGUUGCAAGGCAUUGCUUGGCUGUGCUGCGAUGCCAGACGUCAAGUACGUAUGCAGGCUCUCAACUACCUCCAGAGGGCUCUGCUCGUACACGAUCUGCAGACGCUAGAUGCCACAGAAUGGGAGUCCUGCUUCAAUAAGGUGCUUUUCCCAUUACUGACCAAGCUGCUCAACAACAUCAGCCCAGCAGAUGUGGGUGGAAUGGAGGAGACCAGAAUGAGAGCCUGCACCAUCUUAUCAAAGGUUUUCCUGCAACACCUCCUGCCUCUGUUAUCUCUUCCUACCUUUGCUGCUCUGUGGCUCACCAUUCUGGAUUUCAUGGACAAGUACAUGCAUGCAGGAUCCAGUGACUUAUUGUUGGAGGCUAUCCCAGAAUCCCUGAAGAACAUGCUGCUAGUGAUGGAUACAGCAGAAAUCUUCCGCAGCGCAGAUUCUAAAACAAGAUACUCGGACUUGUGGGAAAUAACAUGGGAACGAAUUGACUGCUUCCUGCCUCACCUGAGAGAAGAGCUUUUUAAACAGACAGUUUUACCUGUUCCUUCAGAACCAGUGCCCAGUUCUCCAUCGGAGGUGCAACAACCAUCCUCAUCAGGCCGACCUCCUUCACCAGAAGGGUCUCUGGUUCCAGAACCCCAACAGCCGCCCUCCACAGUACCUAUUCCUGUAACUUCUGCAGAGCCUCGAACCCCCAGCAGGCCAGCAUCACCCCAGCAGCAAGCAGCCAAUUCCAAUGAGCCAGUGCAAUCAUCGCCGACGAUCUCUCCCAUGCCAGUGCCCUCACAACCCCCAGUAUCCUCACCCUUGAGCCAAUCCCCUCUUAUCAUCCAACCCCUUGCCUCUCCGCUGCAGGUUGGUGUCCCGCCCAUGUCACUGCCAAUCAUCCUCAACCCUGCUCUUAUUGAGGCCACGUCACCAGUACCACUACUCCCUGCUCCCAGACCUACAAACCCCUCUGACGAAGUGCAGUAGGAGCUUUUUUGAUUCAUAUUAAAAUGGUCUGGAACACUGCUGCUUCCUCCUACUACUCGGCCUCUUCCACCUGUGACUUUGCUCCAGGAAGUCAGAUCAGGUCAAUUUAUUUUCUCAUUCAACAGUCUAAAGUUUAAAAUAUAGAAAUUACUAUAGAAGAGAGAGUAAGAGAGGAAAAUUUUGUCAUCACAUUCACUUUUUUUUUUUUUUUUUUGCUUUUGCUAACCAUUUCAGGGAAUAUACGUUAAAGUCCUAGCUUUCCUUGACUGCACUAAUGGUUUAGCAGUGUUUGGACGCUCUUGCAGUUUAGCAUGUAAGCAAUAUGCUUUCAAACAUGUUACUCACUGAAGCAAAUACCAUAUUUAAACGUCCUCAUGGAAGAUUUUAGCUUCGUUCGUGCCUCUUGGGUGCAUGUAAAUGUUGAGAUUCCAGGGCACUGCAUGUUCGUAAAAUCAGGUUUGUUCGUGUUCUUAGCAGCCCUGUAAAAACUCAAGUAUAUGAUCAGCAUUGGCUCUUAGGAAAAAGGUUUAUUUUGCAAUUGUUUUUCAUGUAUUGGGCUAAGAAGUUGAUAUAUACUUCCUUGCAAGCCCUUCUCUUCGAUAUAAAUAUUUUUUUUUUUACCCCGUACAAAAACAAGCUGUUUUAAAGCACCUCACAAAUGGUUUGAGUGCAUGUGCAGUCCUUCAAAGGAUCAGCAGAUUAACAUUCCAAAAUGUAGAUGAAUUCUAUCGAGUGCAGUAUUGUUUUAUGUUUUUUUUUUUUUUCGUCAGCUCACUGUGUACAAUGUAGCACACCUGGUUUAAAUUGAGGCCUGCAAACGAGCUGAUUUAUGAAAAAAAUAUAUAUUUACAUUGUUUCGCUUCCCCUUCUUAGAGAUUUUCAAAUUGGAUGUCUAGAGUGGAAAACCAGUGUCGUACAAAAUAUUUUCUUUAAUUUAUUAACAAAGUUUGUGCUCACUGCCUUUGUCAAUAAAGAGGCAACCUUCACGGACUUUCAUAGACUUGGUUGCUUACACUCUUUAUGUUCUCAGAUUCAAAAAUAGUAUUCAAUUUCAAUUGAUAUAUAUGCCAUAUUGUUGAACAUCUUCAUUUUUUUUGCUUCUGUUUUGGCAUCAUGCCUUGUGUGAUGAAAAAUUUAACUACUUCAAUGUCACUUAGGACAGUGUCUCCCAAAGUUGGGUGGCUGUGAGGUUCUCUUUGUGCCAUUCUAUGUUAUUUGUUGAGUUGGAAAAGAUCCCAUAACCCAGAAAUACUGGGAAAACUACAGUCUCACACACACAGCUAUCUUGGAGAGAAAAAAAUGUUAUUUUGUUGUGAAUAUAGAGCUGAAGUUUUGCUUGGGUAGGAAAUCAAAUACGAAUAUGUACAUAGUAUAUAAAUGAAAGUUGAUGUACUUUUUACAGUGUAAUUAAUAUCAUGUAAAUAAGGUUUGUUCGUCCUAUACUCCCACAAGUAAGUCUAAUGCAUGUUAUCAGUGGCAGUCUGUCAUGAUGAAAUGAUUUCAGCAUAUAUGUGGCAUCAAAUUAAUGUCACAAUUUUCUAAUAUUGUCAGUAGGCUUCAUGGGGAAAAAUAAAGUUUGUUGUCAUAUACUACCACAUGUCUAUUGCAUGUUAUCAGUGGCAGUCAGUCACUAUGAAACAAUUUGAGCGGAUACGUGACAUCAAAUGAAUGUCAUACACCUGGUUCAUACGGGUGCUUGGAAUCCUUGUAAAUGUUUAGAUUUUAUUGUUGUGUUUUCAAAGUUUGGAAAAUGCUCGCGUCAAGUGCUUGGAAAUGCUUGGAAGUGUUAGGCACACCAUAGUUUGAAACACCCUGUCUAAAAAUAGCAAUUUUUAAAUGAAGGAAAAUAAAGUUUGCAUCAUCACCGCUACACGCUCGUUCUGAAGCUCAGUUUCCGUUGAAGCACAAUUUGAUUCCUCAACCAAUGUCAUACUCGUGCAAGGGCAUAGAUUUGCAAAGGGAUGGUAGGGACAUAACACUACCAAUUUUUCAGGAUGCUCAAAUUGUCUCCACAAACUUUUAAACAACCUUAUUUGCAGUAUAUAAUUACUUCAGUUAUAUAGGCAUGUCGACAACAUGCCGCCCCCUUCGGAGAGUAGGGGUAUUAGAAGUUUUUUUCGGUCAGCAGCAGCCACUGUAGAUCAUGUAAAGAGACAUCAAUGUUGUGGAGGUGGGGGAAACGCCACUAAUUUUGCUACUGAGUCCAACCCGCAUCAGUGUUAGCAUUGAACAAGGAACAACAAAGUCAACCUUGCUGUCCCUUUUCUGGAUCAUUGUUGGUAUUAUGUGCAUUACGGUAAUAUUGUCCCUACCAAUGUUGAGACCAAACCUACGCCCUUGUACUUGUAUAUGAGUGUUCUGUCAGCUCAUUGGUCACAAAGCAGGACAGACGGGGUAUACGUUUCCCUGCGUAUUUUUAAACUCUGCAAAUCUAGAACAACGCUUGUGCAAUACUACUGCUUUUUGUAUUAUUGUAGCUGAAAAACACUAUAAAUGUGCACAGUGUGACAUGACUGGUGUUUUCUUGAUGUAAGAACUUUCAAAAGCAGAUGAUGUAAAACAUUUUAUUUCAAAGCAGAAUGAGUACCACAUUUUUAGUAACUAGCGUAUCAGAAACUACAGAAGCCAAGAAAUAACUUCUAUUUGUACAUGGAAUGUAAAACCAUCUGUGACACAGCAACCAUAAUGACAAAUUUAAAGGACUUAAAUUACCUAAUCUGUAGGGGACAGC